GCGUGCGCGCCAGUCAGUCCGCGAGCGCUCGGUGGCCCUGAGGAGACGGCGGUGAUGUGGCGGCGCUGAGGGAGCGCGCGAGCGGGAGGGGCGCCAUGGCGGAGGCCUCUGGGAGCCCCGCGGCGGCGGGCGCGGAGGCGGCCUUGGACCCCGACUUCCCCCCGCAGAGCCGCCCGCGUUCUUGCACGUGGCCUCUGCCGCGGCCGGAGCUGGGAGGGCCGCCGGCGGAUCCCGACCCAGAACCCGGCGGCGGGGUGGGACCCGGGAGCGGCCUAGGGAGCCCCGAAGAGCCCGGCGGCGGCGUGGCGGCGGCGGCGGCGGCGGGAGGUCCUGGGAGCGGCGGGGCGCGGAAGAGCGGCGGCGGCGGCAGCAGCGGCGGCGGGGCGCGUCGCAACGCCUGGGGUAGCCAGUCGUACGCGGACUUAAUCAGCCAGGCCAUCGAGAGCGCCCCGGAUAAGCGGCUCACCCUGGCGCAGAUCUACGAGUGGAUGGUCCGUUCCGUGCCUUAUUUCCGCGACAAGGGAGACAGCAACAGCUCCGCCGGGUGGAAGAACUCCAUCCGGCACAACCUGUCUCUGCAUAGCAAGUUCAUUAAAGUGCACAAUGAAGCUACAGGGAAGAGCUCUUGGUGGAUGCUUAAUCCAGAAGGUGGGAAAAGUGGGAAAGCUCCACGGAGGAGAGCUGCCUCCAUGGACAACAGCAGCAAACUGGCAAAAGUCCGGGGGAAAACAUCAAAGAAAAAAGCGGCUAUGCAGGUGGCCCCAGAACCUCCUGCUGACAGUCCAGGCUCUCAGUACCCCAAGUGGCCUGGCAGCCCCUCAGCAAGAAGCAACGAGGACUCUGAUGUAUGGACCAGUAUCCGGCCUCGGACCAGUUCCAAUGCCAGCACCAUCAGUUUAGGACUUUCUCCAAUCCUGACUGAGCAGGAUGACCUUCCCGAUGAGGAGCUCCUCCCAUCCCUCGUCUACUCCAGUGCAUCUAGCAACGUUCCACCCACUGUGACAGAGGAGCUGGAACUCAUUGAUGGCCUAAACCUGAUGUCACCAAGUUCGUCCUUGCUGGCGGCUCAGCAGCAUACUUCAAGUGGUCUGGCCCAGAGAACUCCCAGUUUCCCCUUGCAGACCCAGAGCACAGCUACUCAGGCACCGUCAUUUGGUAGCUCCCUCUUCAACCCUGUUGAUAUCUCGCUGCACAGCUCUGGGGGCCAUUUCUCUGGUCCACAGACACUGGAAGCCCUCCUGACCUCCAACUCACCGCCUCCUAGUGAUGUGAUGAUGACGCAGGUAGAUCCUAUCCUCCCGCAGAGUGGAGGCAGGUUGAACAGCCAGAGUUUUUUGCUCCUGGGGGACCAAUCCUCUAAAAGCAAGAUGAGCCCAAUUAACCUGCUCAGAAAGCCUUCAGAACAGCAGUUGGAUUCGGUUGGUACCACUGCUUUGGCCUCUGCACUUACCAUGGUGACAGCUCCCCAAAAUGCAGCUGGCCUGUCCACUUUGAAGGCAUCCAGCCCGGGACAGUCUACCCAGGUGGUCCAGCUGGGUGCCCUGCCACCUCUGACUGCUGCCACUCUUAAUCCUUUUGGAGGUAAUCAGGAUAGGCUGCCUAAUGACUUGGAUGUUGAUAUGUACAUGGAGAACCUUGAAUGUGAUGUGGAUUACAUUAUCAAUACCGACCUCAUGGAUGGAGAAGGGCUGGACUUCAAUUUCGAACCCAUUCCUUCUGCUCCUACCUACCCCAGCACCUCACAGGCCUCCAACCACACUUGGGUACCCAGUUAACUGCAGGACUGACAAAGUGCCCUUCUGGUUUUGGAGCUUUGCACCCCCCAGAAGAGUCUGGAACGCAGAGAGCACCUGGAGUUGGUCUUACUGCUCUUCAAGCCAGCUGGGAAGGAGAGCUAACUGCAACAGGAAGAGGGAGAUCCUGUUAAGUGCCACGUCUCUUCCUGAGUCAACCAUAAGCCCUCCAAGCCACAGCGAGGCCUCCCUGCAAGGAGCCAGGGAAGCGUUCCAAACAUGGCCAAAGACUGUUUGUGCUCUGAAGGAGCAUUCUCUGAAUUGAUGGGGUAGCACCAGCUGAGAUGGGUCAGUGAUGGUCAGAAGGGAGCUGCUUUGUGCUGACAUCAGCCCUCUGUCUGAUUUCUGCCUCAG